CCUCUGACAACCCAAAGAACAUCGGGCCGUAACAGCAAAGCGCUAGAUGGACCAUGGUAGCAGGCGUUCUCCAUGUGGCGGGCCACGACAAGCAUGGUCAAUCACAGACCUGUGCCGCAACCCAAUGGCAGCCAACCACGUACUGCCACACGCCACACUCCACCGCUCCACCUCGUCUGGACGGGGCACGUCCGAACCCGAUUGUGUCUGACAAGGACCUGUGCCGCCCGAUAAUCUCCAAGAUUUCAUGAUUCGAGAGAGCAGAGAAGCCGAGACCGUGUGCAAAGUCUGGUGUAACACAACUCUUUGCACAUAUGUCGUAUACGAAGACAUGCCCGACGUCUCCGCCUUCAGCUCUUUCCGGGGUUUGAUUGGGGCUUUGCGCCAGGCCAACAAGACUGCCAAACUGUUGACUACCUUGGCAAUCCUUCUGUAAGACGGGUAACUUUUGCGUUGGCUACCUCGGCGUGCCGUGCCUUGGACAUAUCGCUUGGUAGGAUUUGGAGCUAAAAAAUGACCUUAUUGACAGUGGCAAAGAACAGAUACGACGCUAACUCCGUUUAUUCAACUCCGCAUCGUCAAAGCACAUUUUUAAAACACCGGCUUAUGCAUGGAAGGCGGGCUACGACCUUUCGAGAAGGCUUGCCAACCUGUCCACUGGUCAGCGCCUCCCCGCGUUGUGUGGUUAAGUAAUGUCUGUGCAACGGCUGUGGCUGUUACAGAGGGUAGCGUCGUCCGUCUGAGCGGGCGGGGUUAUACAGGUGCGAAAUGUCACGAUGGGCUUGUCCGUCGGAGGAUGAUGUACCUUGAGUGCUUUUCUAACUGUGCUCUUUGAGCGAAUCUGCCCUAAGAAGGAUAUCGACAAGUUGCAGUUCGCAUUUGACGUGGUGGGUUCUCCCCGUUGCACACGCCAUGCCGGCUCCACGAACACCGCGCAUUGCAUAAUGCAGGCCGCGGCAUUGAUCAGAGGAAUCUGUGGCUUUAUGCACAAGCUGGGGAUCUCACCACCACUUCAACCGAACAAAAAAAACAAGCAGAUGUUGCUGCAAGAACAGACAGAGCUUGUGCAAUGCAAAUGUUUCUAAUGAAUUAUACAUACAUAUCGGCAUGCGAUGCAGAGUCUGGGGGAGAAGCAGGUGUGCGGCGCAGACGCCCGCCGCCAUGCCUUGCUGCAGACUAUUGUUUUCAACUCGACGACCGUGCUCAAAAAGAUGGCGACGACACUAUCAAGUGCUCGCCGCCACACAAUUACUCUAUAGGAAAGAACUCCGUGGCUCGAGCUUGUCGAUGUGCAGCUGUAAAGGCGUCCGCGCGCCGGGCGUUGAUCACUGCACCACUACGCAGGCUAGGCGAAUCCCUCCCGUAAGCACGUGGGUAACAAGGCCAGGCUACAACGACAACAUGGGUGGCCAUUUUACCUCUUCUCUUCCCGCUAAUGUGUUGGUUUUACUUCUUUUCCUUUCCGUAAAUGGAAGUACAGCUGCAUAUGGUUACUUGGCCGGGAGAAGCCCUUUUUUCCCUGCAAUAAGCACAUGGCCGUCGUCCGGGGGCAGCAGACGUUAGGCCAAAAGACGGCAGCUAAGCCUGAAAGCGAUGUAGCACCCACAAAGGCGCAUGGCUUGCCCACCAGGCCGCCCCUCUUCACCGCCUGUUGCGGGUAUGGUCUCCGUUCAAAAGACUAGGGGCUUUGAUGCACAGAGACGGGUUCAACAGCCCGCCGUCUCCUUGCAUACCCGACUGUGCAUAUACAGAUUGCAUGUCCGGAAGCUUUUCGCUGCUACUAUUGCUAAUAGCGCUGAGCCCCUGCUACAGCUGUCUUGACCCUUUGAUAUCGCUUACCAGGAGGGGCAGGAUCUUGGGUUGACUAGACACCUGCCUGGCGCAGAAGUGGACGUGGCGAUGCGAAAAGGUUCCUUGCUCGAACCCCAGCUACUACUCGGCGCACGCCUCUCAGGCUCUUCGUUUCAGAUUUCUCUUUUUAGAAGUUGGUAAUGGAGCCCAUCUUUAUUUCCACCAGGUGCAUAAUGGCGGCCGAGAGCGAGGUAUCCUGCAGUUCCCUUGCUUUCUUUUUUGAGAGGGGAUUCCGAUAGCCCAUUGUGCAUGAUGCCGUGUCCCCGUUUUGGAAAGCAAGGCACCAGGAAUCCGGAAGAAGGUCCCGCCUGGAUCCAGCAAAUCGCCUUUCACCACGAAUCCGACUCGGUUUGGGCUGUGGCAGUCCAGCGGUUAACGCGCAGCAGCAGGGCAUCGCGCGGGAAACGCCGGCCAAUGUACCGUUCAGGUGCCGACAAAGUAGUUUAUUCACGCGCUACAAAGGCUUCCUUGGUCCUAUCGGAAUAACUGUCUACUCAUAUGCCCUCCAUAGGGCUCUCAUCUAGGCAAAUCUCUUGGAUGCAUAUAAUCACUGCACGAGAAUCGGGUUGCUGGCCCUAUAAUGUGGCAGGCGCAUAUUGCAUGAAACCCGUCAGCAUCGUGGUGCAGACAACUUCGCAAAGUGCACAUCCUUUGCUCGCAGACUACUUUGGAGAAAAGCCCAAUUCAAUCCCCCAAGGCUAUAUGCCUGUCAUGGGGGCUAUGCAAGCGAAAGGGGAGAAGGGGUGUGAGACUUUGGAGGUUGCAAUGACUCUGUCAUCGUCCCGUGUAGAACGUACCACUCCUGUUACCUUCCUCAUACAUUGGGCUUCUCCUUAUGCACGCAUAUGUACGAUAAGAUGAAGCACCCAGCAUUCGAGAGACAAAAAGCAAGCACAUAUGGUCUGCGCGCGCAGAUGGACGCAUGGGAGCUGUCUCGCUAGACCUUGCUAGCCGGCCGGGACCAGGGCUUAAACCACCUCACAUCAUGGAGGAGACCCUUUUUGAGAAUCCCAGACGUCGCCUUUUGCUGUGGUGUCCGCCCAGACUCGGGGAUACAAGAAAGCGGGCGGCGCGCGAUGUGAGAGUCAGGGGCCACAAGAACAGGGGUGAAGAUUUCUUGACCGCCAACUCUCCAGCAUAGGAGACAACAUAGAAACUUACGAUGGCGACUACAGAGAAAUCCGAAGGAGUAAUUUUGGGUAUUGGAGGUUCCGAUGUAUCUCGCAGGAGGUGCGUGGGCACAUUUGCGAUCUUGGGAGCUCAAGCCAAACAUUUGUACAUGCGGACCCCUGGAUAUCGGUGCGUCGAACGUACCGAUGGCCCACGCAAAGGGUUUGUUACAGAGAGGAGCGCAUAGCAGGUGAUGCACCCUAAACCUCUGGGUACCUCGCUAUGGCAUGCCAGCGCAGUGGCUUGCUGUCGCUUCCCGAGUCCACUGCAUGACCAUGCAGCCUGUCAUGCGUCUCGAGCGAGCGCAAGAGUGGCCGCUUCCGCCUUCCGACAUGCAGGCAACCGUGGUGGCGCCGUACUCCCACUAUCUGGACUCAGGGCCUGGCGCCUACGGGGGAUGAACUGAAUGGAUUUGGCUUCUGUGAUAGUGGUGUGAUAGUGGUGUGGUGAUCCUACAGAGUUGGUGGGUUCUUGGUCAUUAUUGUGUGCGCCGGCCGCCUGCAUAUGUGGCGUUGGAGGCGAACUGCCGGGGGACUCUGGAAGAGGGGGACGAGUGCGAGCGCCAGGCAGAUUCGCGCACUGGGGGCUGCAUUACACAAAAACUUUAGAUGAGUUGCGUUGCACAUGGUUGACGGAGGAGGGGGGAGUGAGCUACGCAGUACGGAGGCAGAGAAAGUGUGUGUUCAGGUCAGGCAGACUGGGGGUGGUUAGACGACAGCCGCAGGCUGGAGAGCAGCCUAUCCAGCGUGAGGACGGCCUUGAGAACAUGAACUUGAGAGGGAUGAAUGCGUUGCACGGUAUUACAACUGACAGACUAUAGGUGGUCACGCCAUGCCGCCGCCGGGCCGCCCCUAGUUUGUCGAGGCUGGGAGGUUUUGGAUCCGGCACUCGUCACAAGGCUUCGAGCAAAAUGGGGGAUUGACUGGAGAAACUAGGAGCUGAGAAAUAUGGGCAUCCUGAAUAUAUUGGUGGAGAACCAAUGGCGGGCAGGAGAUGUUGUGUGUGUGUGUGGUGCGUGUCCUGUGAGUUGUCUGUACCAGGAGACAUUAUUCACCGUGGAGGGGUAUGCUUGCGAAACCGACUAUCGAUUGGGUUCAGGUAGAGUGAUCUACCUUGUUUGCACGGUUUGAUGGCCCGGCCGAGGAAUGACGGCGCUUAUGGCAAUCUAUUUGUUAUUAAUUUGGGAGACAGGGAAACGCAAUCAACGAGCUGGUAUAGGCACGGCCCAGACAGGCCUCGGGCCUGCAUCGGGAUCUGGGCAAAGAGGGGGAUUGCGGCCGCGCCCAUCCAAGUGGAAAAAGUACUACUUGGUGCUUCUUACUCUUUGUUUAUGAGCAGGUAUUCAGUUUUGGACGGUGGCGGCGGGCGAGCGAGCAGCAGCUGGGCCCUCUUUGAUCGUGAGGAGAGAGACACGGCGGCAACGGCGUGGCGUCCUGCGCAUGAUGCCUGCGUGACAUUGCCUUGCAGGCUUCUUCAUCGGCCUGCUCCUACGCGCUGUGCUGUGAAGCAAGAGGGCAACGAUUUGGGGUAUAAUACGGUUACGUUUCAGGCCAGCGGCCGACGGGUUUUUGUGAUAUUGGGGUGGGCCAGUGCCGAGGGAUUCGAUGGUGAUGGAUAUUGCCAUGGGGUGAUGUUGACGGAUUGUAAGACUACUCUUGCAUAUUGCUUUUACAGGCGUAGCGGGAGAAGGGAAAAGAAGAGAGGAUGUGUGAAUAUGUCCGCGAUGUCGUAGACGUCCAAACGCUGUAUGCACACGUAGACUGUCAGUAUGUUGGCCGUAGGAUGUGUCAAUGUCGAUGGUAUAUGUCAUCUCACCAACUCGUAGAAGUGACUAUUACACACUCCCAUUUUCUUUAUAAUCCAUUGCACAAUUUUACUGGUCACUCGUGUAUAGACAUACGGUUAUGUCGUUGUGCACAUGCCGGUCCAUCACAGCAUACAUCACUGACGUUACAACCUCUUUGAUUCACAUUAUUUACAUUUUACAUUUUCGUCACAUCUAUUACCCAAUGCAUCACAUUUUCAUUAGCAAACACUCUGUCGCACCUUCUCACUCACUUCGCUGUCUGUGCCUUUUUUGGUGAUAAAGUUGGUCCCGUGACAUCGCGACAAAAAAGCGUCGCACAUUCACGAUACCUGUGGAUCUCGCACCAGUCACCGCGUCGCACGGCUACCAAACCACGCGCCAUCCAUCCAUCCCUCUAGGCAACAGGCCGCCAUUUUACUACUUUGUGCGCACAUGAAAUUUCCUAGGUCCUCGACGCAGCACAGCGACCCAAUUCACUCACACAAACACAAACACGAGAUCACUUGAAGAGAUUAUAUUUGACAACGAUAACCGCAGAGGAUGCCACUCACACCGCAUCCCACGCUCCCCAAGGCCGCCAAACCACGCCACGCCGCAUCCUUCGACAUCUGGAACUCCUCUGCCACCGGCCACCAGCGCGCCGAAGCCCAGCCCGGCAAAGGAUGGCGCGCGGUCCGCGACAUCAAACUGCACAGCCAAUUCAAAGCUGUCGACGGCGGCGGCGGUGCGCGGCUCCAGCACCCCCAUUCGUUCUUUAAGAAUGCGUACGGCGAUGAAGAUGAGGAUGUGCUGCAGACAAAGAGCGUGGUAGAUAUGUUACGGAAGCCAGGGACCAUGGAUACUCCAAAACAGACGCAGCAGGAGGUGCAGACGAAAAAGGGCAUCUUUGACGGGUUGACUGUUUAUGUGAAUGGCAGCACGUACCCGCUCAUCUCGGAUCAUAAGUUGAAGAGGGUGCUCUUGGAGAAUGGGGCAUCGAUGGCAAUGCAUUUGGGGAGACGGCGUGUGACGCAUGUCGUGCUGGGAAGGCCGAGUGGGAAGGGCGAUGGCGGUGCAGAAGGAGGACUUGCGGGUGGGAAGAUGGAGAAGGAGAUUCGAAGGGGCGGCGGUGGUGGGAUCAAGUAUGUGGGUGUUGAGUGGGUGCUGGAGAGCGUCAAGGCGGGCGUGAGGCUGUCUGAAGCACGGUUUGCGAAUGUGAAGGUGGCGGCAAAGGCACAGCCGAGUGUCUUGAGUAUGGCGAGGAAGGGGAACAAUUAAAUUAUACGUUUGUGAAUGGCUUGAUUUGGCGUAGGAUAGGAAUGAUUACGUUUUCAGGUUUGGUUGGUGGUAUAGAUUAGACGGGAAGCAUCACUGCUUAUGAGUUAUGGAAUAGACUACAGAAUACGUGUAUGAAUAAAAUGGACAUGGUACCAUGUGUGACAAUGCAGUCUUGUUGCUAAGGAUGGGAGUGGUAUAGUAGUUAUAGCCUGUGUGGUGUAUAUAGUUAUGGCCAGUGUGGUGUAUAGACAAUUUGAGACGGAAG